AUGCCCUUUGGAGAAGCUUUACAACAGAUGCCACUCUAUGCUAAAUUCCUGAAAGACAUGCUAACUAAGAAGAACAAGUAUAUCCACAGUGACACCAUAGUCGUGGAGGGAAACUGCAACGCUGUUAUUCAACGUAUCCUUCCACCGAAGCAUAAGGAUCCAUGCAGUGUCACUAUACCUUGUUCUAUAGGAGAAGUUUCAUUAAUUGAUCGCUCCAUCACCAGACCCUAUGGAGUGAUCGAAGACGUGCUGGUCUGGGUCAAGCAUCUCAUCUUUCCUGCUGAUUUUGUUGUAAUGGACAUUGAGGAAGAUGCGGAUAUUCCUGUCAUUUUGGGACGUCCAUUUAUGUCCACUGCAAGCUGUGUGGUGGACAUGGGGAAGAAAAUGUAG